GGUGCGGGGUCUCUGUUUUCUGUCUGGCAGGGAAAGAAUAAAUAUUAAGAGGAUUGUGAUUCCGGCAGAGCGUUGGCAGGUGCAUCUCCCUUUGUCGAUGCCGCUCCGACAGCACAAGCCUCCGACCAAUCAGGAUCAGCCGGGAGGGAGCGAGCGAGAGAGCUGGGAUUUUUUUUUUUUUUUUUUUCACCACCGUUAUUUCCAUUCUUUAUUUGGAGACGAGUAUCCAGUGGCUCGUGAGACGCCGUGUGCGAUGGACGUUCUUCUCCGUUUCUGAAGAAGCUCUCCCCUCGCCAGCGGUCCGUUUGCUGACGCUUCAUUCCCUCAUUCGGAAACCUCAUCAAUGCGGUUCUUCAGACUCACGUUUAAGUGUUUUGUGGAUUGCUUCUGAACCCCCUCCCCGGCUCAUCGAGGUUCUCUCUAUCUUUUUUUUUUUUUUUUUGUCUUAAGACUGAAUAAUAAAAAAUAAAGAAAAGUAAAACCAAUUUUUAUUUGCUUUGAAAAAAAAAAAAAAACACAAAAAAAAAACAGAAGAAAUCUAAACAUCAAAAAUGAGAAGUAUACCAACGACUCCGAAAGAGAAGCACGCAGAAAAAGAUGGAUGCUCCCAGGCGCGAGAAAUGGAGGGGACGGGAGCGGGGGAAGCGAUCCCGGACGAGAAGGCAGUUGUUGCCCCUUUGGUGGCGCCUGCCAUGGGUCCAGUCAAGAUACCCAUCCCAGAACGGGAGACUUGGACCCGUCAGAUGGACUUCAUCAUGUCUUGCGUGGGAUUUGCUGUCGGACUUGGGAAUGUCUGGAGGUUCCCGUACCUCUGCUAUAAAAACGGAGGAGGCGUGUUUCUGAUCCCGUAUCUGUUGAUUGUGUUUGUUGGAGGAAUCCCGGUAUUCUUCCUGGAAAUUGCUUUGGGUCAAUUCAUGAAGCAAGGCGGCAUCGCAGCGUGGAACAUCGCCCCGUUAUUUAAAGGUCUCGGCUUUGCCUCAAUGGUGAUUGUAUUCUUCUGUAACACCUAUUACAUCAUGAUCCUGGUCUGGGGCCUCUAUUACCUGGUGCACUCCUUCACCGACACCCUGCCCUGGGCCACGUGCGGCCACGCGUGGAAUACCAAGGAGUGCACUGAAGUCUUCCGUCUGGACCAUUGCAUCAAUGGGACGUCAGCCAACGUUACAAGCUCUGGAAAUGUCUACAACCUCAGCUGUGAUGCUCUUGUGAACAAACGUUCGCCUGUCAUUGAGUUCUGGGAGAACAAAGUCCUACAGAUCUCCAGUGGUUUGAGCGAACCUGGCCAAUUGAACUGGCAGAUGAUACUCUGCCUGCUGGCGACCUGGGUCAUCGUAUAUUUUUGUAUCUGGAAGGGAGUGAAAUCCACGGGAAAGGUCGUGUACUUCACCGCUUUGUUCCCGUAUGUUGUCCUGAUAGUCCUUUUGGCCCAUGGAGUCACUCUCCCCGGAGCUCUGGACGGCAUUGUGUACUAUCUUAAACCUAACUGGUCUAAGCUUGCUGAAGCUCAGGUGUGGAUUGAUGCUGGAACUCAGAUAUUCUUCUCUUAUGCUAUCGGGUUAGGAGCCCUGACAGCCCUCGGUAGCUACAACAGAUUUCACAAUAACUGCUACAGAGAUGCCUUCAUACUGGCUGCUAUUAACAGUUCCACCAGCUUCUUCUCCGGAUUUGUCGUCUUCUCGGUCCUGGGCUUCAUGGCCUCUGAGCAAGGAGUUGACAUAUCAAAAGUCGCAGAGUCCGGUCCAGGACUAGCAUUUAUUGCUUACCCGAAAGCUGUCACCUUGAUGCCCUUUGCACCGAUUUGGGCUGCUCUGUUCUUCUUUAUGCUCUUAGUUCUUGGCCUAGAUAGCCAGUUUGUGGGGGUCGAGGGAUUCUUAACCGGGAUUAUGGAUUUAUUUCCUCACCCUAUUAAUGGCUUUGUGCGCAGGGAGGUCACCGCUGCACUCUGCUGCCUCUUAUGUUUCAUCAUUGACCUCUCCAUGGUGACCGAGGGCGGGAUGUACGUCUUCCAGCUUUUCGACUAUUAUUCAGCGAGCGGCAUCACUUUGUUGUGGCAGGCAUUCUGGGAAUGUGUGGUCAUCGCCUGGGUUUAUGGUGCUGACAGAUUUAUGGAUGACAUUGCCCGGAUGAUCGGUUACAGACCUCUCCCUUACAUGAAAUGGUGCUGGUCAGUGCUCACACCUUUAGUCUGUGUGGGUAUCUUUUUGUUUCAUGUUGUCAACUACAAGCCGCUGACUUACAACAAGUCCUAUGUCUACCCUUGGUGGGGAGAAGCAAUCGGCUGGGGCCUCGCGUUGUCAUCAAUGUUGUGCAUCCCGAUGACCGUGGUGAUCAAGCUUCUUCGAUCGAAGGGAUCCCUGCGGGAGCGCUGGCACCUGUUGACCACCCCAGUUUGGGGUCACCACCAUUUGGAAUAUCUCACUCCUGAGGCCGAGACCAAACUUCUCCCACCGGAUUCCCUGAUCACGCUCAGCAAAGAGAAAGCCACCCUGUUCGAGACCGUGAUCUGAUUGGAGCGCGUCGCCGGCUCACCCGGUUUUGCUUGUUGUCUUUUGUGCCAAUCCUACCAUUUAGUUCGUUCGCAGCUUUUCCAAAAUGCCGCAGAGCUGAUAAGGUGACAUCGUGAAGAGUAACAUUUUUGGAAUAUUCUUGUAAUUGAUCCGGAUCUUAUCUUGAUGAAUUAAAGGGAUCCUGUUCCAUAAACAGUGUUCACAGUGAGAGUGUAGAUCCUAACUAAUCUAUCCGCACCCAUAAAACUAUAAGCCUACACGUAGAUCAUCAUCAUGUUCCUUGACCCCAUGCCCGUUAUGACAUUCCUAUGUGCCCACGCAUGCAAAUGAGCUGCUGGAAUCCAUCGUCUUUCCUCCGCAUGCGGUGCUCCGUGAAGAUGUUCUAAAAAGUUGGAACUAAACUUU